AUGUGCAGAAGCAAACUUAUCGCUGCUCUUGUCACGCAUAAGAUCCGUGACGAUCCGCACUAUAAAGUUAAACACAUACAAAGUGAUGUGAAAAAUAAGUACGGAUUAGACGUGACGUAUCGAAAGGCUUGGUACGCUCGUCAAAAAUGCAUUGAACAAGAGUACGGAAAAUUUGGAGAUUCCUAUAACGAGCUGCCAUUUUUCUUGCAGUCAGUGCAAACAACAAACCCAAGCACGGUGGUAGAAAUUGAAUACACGGAGUCCAACCAAGGGGCACCGUACUGCGAUUUCUUGUAUGCUUUUUGGGUUUUUAAGCCCGCCAUAGACGGAUUCCGAUUUUGCUUCCCGGUUAUUUCAGUGGAUGGAACACAUCUAUAUGGAAAUUACAAAGGCCACCUUUUUUUAGUGGUCGGGAUGAACGCUAAUCGAGAAAUUUUUCCACUCGCAUAUUCAAUUGUUGACUCCGAAAAUGCAGCCAGCUGGACUUGGUUCAUGACACUACUCGCCACACAUGUCUUCCCCGAUCAUGAGUCGGUGUGCAUCAUUUCGGAUAGGCAUGCUGGGAUCGAUGCGGCGUUCAGGGAUUUGUCUGCAUUACAUCCCCCACGAGUCCAACGUCGAUAUUGUCUUAGACACAUCCGGAGUAAUGUCAUGACCCGGAAUAGGAAUAGGAGACUGCGAGCAUUAAUCUGGGAAGUUGGUAUUGCAACCACACGCCGAGAAUUUGGGAACAAAAUAGAGAGAAUAAGAGCUGAAUGGCCUGCAGCGUACAAUUAUCUAGCAACUAUUGACACUGAAAAAUGGGCGUUGUCUCACGAUGGUGGUCACCGAUAUGGAAUUAUGACAACCAAUUCAUCUUAA